UCAAACUAUUAACAACUCACAAGAUAUUUUUACACACAUCAAAAUAAUCAUAACAAUAAAUAAAAACAAUUGUUAGAGAUAUUCCAGAGAAAUAUUUCGCAAAAGUGCAUUUAAAUUUUCUUACUAAAGAAAAAAAAACUGUGAGAAUUCUGAAUUUAGUCAGUUGAUAUAAAACAUUAAGAUGUCACACACGUUAGAAGAGUCACCAAAUGCGCGCAUUAACAAGCACGUACUUGAUCGUUACACGUCCCUCCCGUUGCCGGAUGGAAAGAUUAUCGCGACAUACAUUUGGAUCGAUGGCACAGGCGAAAAUCUCCGUUGCAAAGAUCGUACCUUGGAUUUUAUCCCGAAGAAACCUGAAGAGCUUCCUGUUUGGAAUUACGAUGGCAGCUCAACAUACCAAGCUGAUGGCAGCAAUUCCGACGUUUACCUGACUCCAGUUGCUAUUUACAAAGAUCCAUUCCGUCGUGGCAAUCACAUUCUCGUCCUCUGCGAAACGUAUCGUUAUGAUGGCACUCCCAUGGAAUCCAACAAACGCAAGCAUUGCAAAGAGGUAUGCGACAAAGCGAGCGCUGACCAGCCUUGGUUCGGUAUUGAACAGGAAUACACGCUUCUUGACUCGGAUGGGCGCCCUCUUGGAUGGCCCAAAAAUGGAUUUCCGGGUCCUCAAGGCCCGUAUUAUUGCGGCGUUGGCGCAGAUCGUGUUUAUGCUCGCGACAUUGUUGAUGCCCAUUAUCGCGCUUGUUUAUAUGCGGGCGUCAAAAUUUGCGGUACAAAUGCCGAAGUGAUGCCAUCGCAAUGGGAAUAUCAAGUUGGUCCGUGCGAAGGAAUUUCCAUCGGAGACGAUUUGUGGAUGUCGCGUUUCUUGUUGCAUCGCAUCGCCGAGGAAUUUGGAGUAAUUGUCACUCUUGAUCCGAAACCGAUUCCCGGGGAUUGGAAUGGAGCAGGCGCUCACACAAACAUCUCGACAAAACAAACUCGUGCUGAUGGCGGCAUUGAAGAGAUCGAAAAGGCAAUUGCGAAGAUGUCGACGAAACACGAAAGACACAUCAAGGCGUACGAUCCGCGCGGAGGAAAAGACAACGAACGUCGAUUGACGGGAAAACACGAAACUUCGUCGAUCACGGAGUUCAAACAUGGCGUUGCGCAUCGCGGAGCAUCAAUUCGUAUUCCGCGCGGUGUUGCUGACGUUGGCAAGGGAUAUUUCGAAGAUCGUCGCCCAAGCUCGAAUUGCGAUCCGUAUUCCGUUAUUGAUGCUAUUUUGACUACCAUCAGCUUGAACGAGUAAAUUCUGAAAAAAUUGAAAGAAAAAUUUUAUGAAAGACAACUUUUUUUUACUCUGAAAUGUUAAAAUGAUACCAAGAAUGUAAUUUUAUGAGAAACUUAUGAAUAUUAAAAAACGAGAAAAGCACAAAAAAUCUAAAAUUGUUAAAAAUUUUAAGAAAUUAAAGAAAAUAUAGUUGAUAGAAUCGUUAUUGCACAUGAAAAUUAUGAGUUUC